UCUCCGCCCUGUAACUCAACACGUUCAGCUCUGUCUGAGUUCUCAGAGAACAGAUUCACCAGGAGACUCUUAACAGGUUGAUACCUUUCUAUAAUGGUUCAGUGGCAGUAUGGUCCAAAGGUGGAUGGAUGUUUAAGCUGUAACUGACUCUGACUGUUAAAACAAGUGAUGAAUUCUUUAGAUGGGGACAAUGCAAGGGUGAGUGUGAAGGGCCUCGUGCCUGCUUUCCUUGACAAAGACUUGUCACGAGUGUCUGCUGGCUCAAAGGACAAGAAGGAUGAGGGCAAAAGAUGGGAGACAGCAGAUGGUGACUACUCUGCCUAUGAGACUGACUUGUCUUCAAAAGACAUCCCUCUUCAUUUUGACACCAAAAUCAAACAUGGCAUGCUCCAACAUUUGAUUUCUCCUAUGGGCCCAUCCAGAGAGGAGGUGAUCUGUGACAUUUGCCGCCACGCUACAGCUGUGAAGACCUGCCUGACCUGCAAUACUUCCUACUGCAAGUACGAUGUCCGGCAGCAUUAUACAGUGAAGGCCCUGCAGAGGCACACACUCACAGAUGUGUGUGACGAGGUUGAGGGGAAACGCUGCCUGCACUAUCAAAAGUCUCUGGAUUUCCUCUGCAGGACUGAUCAGAUGCAGAUCUGCAGCAUUUGUGCCAAAGAAAAUCACAGAGGCCAUGACAUCGUCUCACAGAGACAUCAUGCUCUAAAUCAGAUGCCUGAUGGUGCAGAAUACUGGGACCAAGCACAAUCUGAGACAGUGCCCCCUCCUGGUAAGAUAGAGUUUCUGUCAGUGAAGCCAAACUCUGUGAUCCUUAGCUGGGGAUGCCCACAGAGACUGAAGGGUCCCAAGAGCUUCAGGGUGAAGUGGAGCUCCUCCGUGAGGAUGGAGGGUUCUGUCGUCAUCAAGGACAUUCAUAAAAUUGAAAUAAACAACCUUCAAUUUGGACAACAGUAUUUCUUCAGUGUGGCCACCAAAGACAAGGAUAGCAAUUUAAGUGAAUGGGUCACAGCAUCUGUUUACACAGCGGUGCCAGCCCCUCGGCACUUAACAAAACAACAUUCAGAGGUCACAGCUGUGUCCUUGAAAUGGACCAAAGGAGACAACAUGGAGGGAGUCCCCCAGCAAUUCCUUUUGACUGUUGAAAGUCAAGGGAAAGAGCCGCUAGCCAUACACACCAAAGACUGCUACAAGAUAUUGUCAGAUUUACAGCUGGACACAGAGUAUGUUAUCUCUGUCUCAACAGUGCUGAAUGAUCAGUGCAGUGAGCCGAUCUCUAUAACUAUACACACAGAGCCAUGUCUCAGGGAGGUGCUGUCAAAGAUUGGACUUGAAGACCAGUAUGACAACAAGCUCACACUUAGCAGUGCUCUUCAGAUUGAUCAAGAUGAUACAUCAGACAAAAAUCUUGAAAGUGCAAAGUCACUUCCUGAGGCCUUUUUGAAGAAACUUAUGAUGUUGAAUGCGAAUGCUAGAAGUGUCAAAUGUGUGUCCAGCCAUGUCAACACAGACAGGAGCGACGCCAUCAACCCGCUGGACCUCAUAACCGCGUUGUUUCUCUGUUCAGACAGCUUACUUCAGCAGUACAUGGUUGUGAAAAUGGUACUCUGCCAGUUUGCUGUCCCACUCCUGCUGCCCAACUAUGAAACAAGAGAAAUCACCAUGAUGUUGUGGUCCAUGCGGGAAAUCGUUCAGACCUGCAGACCCUCCAUCCAGGCAUUCAGAAAGUUCAACUAUGAAGAACGAAUUGUGCUCUCAGAUAUUCCCCUAGUGUCAUUCGUCAGAUUGGGGAGGACAAUCUCGUCUAAGUCUCAGAUGCUGAACAAACUGUUCAGCAACACUCAGGAGUACCAUGACAUAUUUUAUCAUCGAAACAUGGUGUGUGGUGAUGUCUCCAGGAGGAUUUCAGACGGACUGGUAGAAAUCAAUUGGUACCUCCCGUGUGGGAACAGGAACACAGACAAAUUCACUGAGCCGCUUGCUGUUGCCAACCUCAGAGGAGACAUCAGGGUCUUUGACAAGCAAUUCUCAUUCCUCUGCCAGACAUCUGCAGCUGUUUACAUCUUCUGCGAUGAAUCAGAAGCAGAUUACUUAAAGAUUCUGGAAGGGAAAGAUGUGAAAGCAAAGAUCAUUUUGAUUAGCAGUGUACAGGGGAAAACCUCUACACUCAAAAUGAUGACGAUGAAACCAAAUUUAAAGACAACAAAUGUGAGCCAGAAGAAAAAGUCUGAUGCAGAGCUGAUAAAAGCCCUCCAAGAAUUAAUCUCUAAGAUGCUAGAAAAUUGCCCAGACAAAGUGUCAGUGGCAAAUCUGGCUGACAGAGCUCGUUGGUGUGGGAUCCUGGUUGAUGAGGACAGUGAUGAAUGCCAGAGUGCGUGGAAGAAUGCUGGUAAAAUAAUAGCACACAUCGCCAACACUCCAGAAUUCAAAGACAAACAACUACCUUUCCAGGGAAACAUCUGGAAGGAGCUAUCAAGGCUUGAAACCGAGUACUGGAGAUUGCGAGAAGUUGGCAACCAGAACACUGAAGUCUACCGCAAGUCUUUGAAAACAAAAGAAAAAGAGCUCAGAGGGAAACAGCAAAGAUUUGAGAUGACAGCUGCAAUGUUAAGCUUCCUUCAUGGGAUGGUCACCUCAGAAGUGCAACGCUACUAUUUUCUGAAAUGGCUAGAAAUUGAUUUGGACAAUCUGUCCCGGCACCAGCUGUCAGCUCUGCAGGAUCGAUACAAAGAGCUAAGUGAGAAAUUUCCCCAGGACACAGAAAAAGUUGCGGAGAUUGAUAAGCAAAUAUCUGUUUGUUCUUUGGGCCUGGUGCACUUUUUUCGAGAGUGUGGGCAGCUGUAUGAAUGUGCGAGUCACUUGCCAGAAUACAGCCAUCAGAAAAAAAAUGUGGAACAACUCCCUAGGCUUUGUGCUCAAAUGCUGCUGAAUGGUUUCCCUCUUGAGCUUGUUGAUGGAGACGCAGCAAACAUCCCGAUGAAAUGGAUCACUGAAGUGCUUACUGAGCUUCACCACAUUUUGCAUCCCAGCAGUAAGCUCAAAGUCAUCACAAUCAUUGGAGCUGAAAACUCAGGAAAAUCGACUCUGCUCAACACCAUGUUUGGGCUCAGGUUUGCUGUCAGCAAAGGAACAUGCACCAGGGGGGCAUUCAUCCAUCUGAUCAGUGUCAACAAAGCUGUCAGGAAGGAACUGGGGUGCGACUGCAUCAUGAUCAUUGACACUGAGGGACUGAAACCGCAUCAGAUGGUUCAAGAUGAUCACAGCCAUGAACGUAAUAAGGAAGUAGCAAGCCUCGCUGUGGCACUAAGUGACACCACAAUCGUCACUGUUUCCAGGGAUAACUCCGAAGAGAAAGACAUCUUAGAGAUGGUGCUUCAUGCUUUCACAAGGUUAAAGAAUGUGGGCAAGAAGCCACUGUGUCAUUUUGUACAUACCAACAUGUCUGCCAAGCCUGCUGUAGAGAAAAAGAAGAGAGGUUCAGAGUUGGUGAAACACCUCAAUGAAAUGAUCUGGAAGGACACACGGAUGAAGAAGGCCAAGGUCACUAAGAUCUCAGAUGUGAUGGAGUUUGAUCCAGACAGUUGCACCUGGUACAUUCCUCCGGUUUGGCACGGGACUCCACCAAUGGCCUCUUUCAGUGUUGACUACAGUGAAACUCUGCAUGCUUUGAAAAAGAGACUGAUAGGGGACCUCAAAAAGUGCCAGCAAAGAGGUGAUCUGACGCAUUUUAUCAGCAGUGUAGAUAACUUCUGGAAGGGCGUUUGAGAAAUGAACCUUUAUCUGAGCUACAUGCAGGAAAUUGGUAUUAAAGGGAAGCAGAUUUUCCUCAACAACUGAAAUUAAGUUCAAUUUGGAAAAAGAAAUAAAGAAAAGUUAUCUGGUCAGUAAAACAGUGUGUUGUCACUGUUAAUCACUUUCUUUUAUUUACAAUAAAAAGACCUGACCUGUUGAACACUGUACAAAUAAAACACUGAACAUGUAUAUAUGAUUGCAUAAAAUAAACAUGUACUUUUAGACAGUCAAUUCAUUUCCACCUGAAUAGGGAUACAGGUAUGGACAUAAUGUGCACACAUGUAACAGACACCAAAAAUCACUGAAUAACACUGUGUUAUUCUCAAAUGUGUAUCAGAAAAAUGUUAUUAAAAAUGACAAUUUGAUUUUCCUGCAGUGGUGAAUUAUAUCAGAAGUGUUGUAAUGUAAUGGUAAAAACAAUUAUCUUGUAGUUUUAUCAAUAAAGGUGUAUAUACAAUCUCAUUUCACUUCUGUUAUCUACUAGUGAUGCGCAGGUUGACCCACAGCCCGGCGUUUUGGGGAAGCUUGGUAGAAAAUAUUGCUGGUUUUGGGCGGGAGGGUCACUAAGUGACAAAGCAGCAUUCUUAGUCAGUAACCUACAGAAACAAUGUGCAUUAAUCCAACUUCCCUCUCUUGCUGUCUCUCACACAACAGCGUAUCCUCAGAAUAGUUUGAUUGAUAUCUGAUGAAUUAGCACCCCACAAAUGACGUUAUGUCUUAAACAUACAGUUAUGUAACUAACAUAAAGUUACAGAGGUUAGGUUUAGGCAAGUAAAGUUACUGCGAUUAUCUGUGAUGGCAGGGCGGCACAGUGGUGUGGUGGUUAACACUCUUGCCUCACAGCAAGAGGGUUGCCGGUUCGAUCCUGGGUUUGGGAGCCCUUCUGUGCGGAGUUUGCAUGUUCUCCCUGUGUCAGUGUGGGUUCUCUACGGGCACUCCGGCUUCCUCCCACAGUCCAGAGACAUGCAGACUGGGGACUAGGUUAAUUGAUAACUCUAAA